AUUGUUGUUGAGACUGUGGACUUGGUGAGAGUUCCCGGUUUGCGGUGUUGGGAGGGAGGUGAGGGGCCCAGGAGGCGGAAGUGGAGGCUUUGUGCGCACCGCACAGGGUCGGGUCUUAGGAUGGGGGACACCGCCGCCUGCGGGGAGUUGCCCGUGCCGAGAGUCCGACCCGGUCGCUGGACUGUCGCUGCGCCGCGGCGCGCAAAGUCUCCGAUGGAGGCGGCUGCGCUGAUGGACCCACCUCAGGGCAGUGUGACCUUUGAGGAUGUGGCCGUGUACUUCUCCUGGGAGGAAUGGUGUCUUCUUGAUGAGGUUCAGAUACACCUGUACCUUGAUGUCAUGCUGGAGAACUUUGCACUUGUAUGCAUGCUGGAGGAUUGAUUCCAG